AUGCAAUAUUUAACAUGUUUAACGAAUAAAGAGAUGUCAACCUCAGAUCAGGUUUUGUUUGAAUAUAAUUUGUUACUUUAUUGUGUUGUUGCUACUGAACACCUUUUUGUUUAUUCUAAGACACUUCUAUUUUCUUUCGUUUUUUUUUUUAUUUCAAAUAUUACGUUACAGAUGUAAAUUUAUUUCAGUUUUGCCAGAAGCCAUAAACCAAUUAUCAGAAGUAGAUAAAAUAAGAUACAUUAAGCUUCUGCAGGGUUCAAAAACCGAAAACAGGUAUUUUGUACGAAUUAUGAUAGUUGGAAAAGAAUCAGCUGGGAAAACAUGCCUCUUGAGAAGAUUAUUGAAGGAAGGCAUAUCCGAUGUUUCUAGUACAGAUGGUGUGGAUAUUGUUGUUCGUAGAUGCAAAAUCAACAUAGAAAACGGCAAAUGGACAAUCGGCAAAAGAAUUAAAGAUGACAAGUUUGGUCGGAUUAAGAGAGCAAUUAUUGCAGAAGAAAAAACAACAAUGGAUGUUACAAAAGGUCAGAAGGAAUUUUAUGCUACACAUCAAGCAUUUUUAACUAGUAGUGCAGUAUACCUUGUAGUUGCAGAUAUGAAGGACGACAUCAGUAAACAAGGCUUGAGUCAGUAUUUUGCAGAUUUUCAGCAUAUUGGAGAGUAUGUUGAUUUUUGGUUUGAUUCUAUCCAUUGUCACCGAACGACCAGCAAACCAGCUAGUAAUGGGCACUUCAAUCCUCCGAUUUUAUUAGUUUUCACAGGAAAGGAUAAGUAUAACAAGGCUGAAUUUAAGAAGAGAGAAAAGGAACUUAAUAAUCAAAUAGACCAUGUUUUUGGAUUUCAAAGCAAAUAUCACCACUUGUACAACAAGUUUUAUCUGUCAAAUACUAAAGAUAGUAACGAAGAUUUUGAGAAGUUGCAAUACGCAAUUUAUGAGACUGCACGUAAAAUGGAUAAUUGGGGUAAUGCUUUUCCAUUAAAAUGGAUUCUUUUAGAACAUUUGAUUGAAAUUAAUAAGAUCAAUGGAAAAAAUUUUAUCAAUUUUCCUGACAUGUCAAAUCUGGCUAAACAUCCUGAUAUCAAUAUACUAGAAAAGGAGGAAUUGUUGUUGUUUCUUCGAUUUCAGCAUAACGUAGGGAACAUUAUUUUUUUUGAAAAUAUACAGGAUUUGAUCAUAUUAAGACCUCAGUGGUUAGCAGAUGCUUUCCGAUGUUUAGUCUCAGAUAAAGUUGAUUACAGGAGAUUGCAUCACCUUAAGGACUGGACACUUUUUACACGACAAGGCAAAAUGAGUGAAUCACUAAUAACAGAACUCUUCAAUUCAAAAGAUGGAUGUCAGUUAUCAGGACAGAAAAAAUAA